CAUGACAACAGAACCCACAACAACCAUGACUUUUAUCACCAUCUUCAUCUGGACACUUGCAUUCUGCUUUCAAGAAUCCAGAGGACAGAUCACUGUAACUCAGACUCCUGCUGUGAAAGUAGUUCUCCCAGGACAGACAGUCUCCCUGAAUUGUAAAACCAGCAGAAAUGUGCAUAACAAUAACUUUCUAGCCUGGUACCAACAGAAACCUGGAGGAGCUCCUAAACUCCUUAUUUACCUUGCUACAACACUUCAGUCUGUGACUCCAUCUAGAUUCAGUGGCAGUGGAUCUGGGAGUGAUUUCACUCUGACCAUCAGUGGAGUCCAAGCUGAAGAUACAGGAGAUUACUACUGUCAGAGUGACCACACUGAGGGAGAGGGCGCUCCGGAUUUCGAGAUUAGGGACAAGAGUUGUGACGUGCUUUGCUCUCCAGAGCAGGGCCUCAUUGAAAAGAGUGAUAACAUGACAACAGAACCCACAACAACCAUGACUUUUAUCACCAUCUUCAUCUGGAUAUUUGCCCUCUGUCUCCAAGAGUCCAGAGGCCAGUACACUGUGACUCAGACUCCUGCAGUGAAAACUGUUUCAGUGGGUCACUCAGUCAGUCUCAGCUGUAAGACCAGCAGUGCUGUAUACAGUAACAGCAAUGGACACUCUUUGCACUGGUAUCAACAGAAACCUGGAGGAGCUCCUAAACUCCUAAUAUAUUGGGCUAAAACCCUUCAGUCUGGGACUCCAUCUAGAUUCAGUGGCAGUGGAUCUGGGAGUGACUUCACUCUGACCAUCAGUGGAGUCCAGGCUGAAGAUGCAGGAGAUUACUACUGUCAGAGUUGGCACUACCCCAACAGUGUCUGGGUGUUCACACAGUGGUACAGAGUCGUACAAAAACCUCCCUCAGUCAGACUGCACAAUGACUGUACUGCUACAGCUGGGACCUACUGCAGGUGCUGAGGGGGAAGAGACAGUGACAUGGAACACUAGAUGAGGUCAACUGUGACAUGUGACAAUAUGGUUAGAAAGCAAUCAUUCAGUUCACAUGACCAUCAUCAUCAUCAUUAACAUCAUCAUCAUGGUUAUAACCUGUUAUAUUUGUCAUGGCCUUUAAGUGUGUAUAACAUUUAUUUGAAGUGUUGAAACACAUUUUCUGUCAAUAUGUAAAGCAAGAUCUACAGAUGUAAAACCAAAGGUGUUCUGACCUCAACAUUACUUCAACGUUACAAUCACUUCAGCCCCCCAAUACAAGUCCCAAAAUGGACCUCAACCAAAUGUGUGAUAUAAAUUGUGAUCUUCUAGCAUUAUAUUAACUGUUUUCAUGAGCAGGUUACUGACUGUUAGAUCUGUGAAUGAGACAUGAUGCUGGGUUCAAACAUGAGACACAUGUACACUACAUACACUAUCUACGUAAAGUAUAAUAUCCAUUUGAUCUGUAAUUAAAUACAUUGUGGCAUAUC